UAAAUCGCCGAAUUUAUUUAUAUUUAUAUUUAUCCUUUUGUAAACCUAAACUGCUGUGCUGCCAAAGUAAAAUCACAUCCCAAAAUACCCUAUUUUGUCAAGAUGGGGCUUUAAGAAUUAUUCAUCUGUAUUUCAUCCUUCCCACCAAAUAUUUCCUUCUUCCUUUCUACUUUUACUAGUAUAAACGAAUAAAAGCUAGGGUUUUUCGAGAAAAAAAGACGAGAUUUUUCGAUUCACUGUCGAGUUGCAAAAAGGAUUCUGCUUCUUAGAAGGGUGAAAUAUGAGCCAAGAGAAUCAAGCGCUAAAUCCUGCUCCAGUAGAAAACCUGCCUGUGAAGCGAAAGCGGGGUCGUCCGAGGAAGAAUGAAAAUGUGGCUCGUGAAGUUAAAGAAAGUGUUUCUGAUUCUGUACCAGAUGUGGUGAAGAGAAACCGACGUAGGAGGGAUAGAAAAGCUAGUUCAGUUGAUCCCAUGGUGGGUCAGGUAGUUACUGGUGUCCUUGAUGGUUCAUUUGAUGCUGGAUAUUUGCUAACUGUUAGAGUCGGUGACACCAAUAGAAUUUUAAAGGGUAUUGUUUUCGAACCACGGUUCUCAGUUCCGGUGUCUGAUGCAAAUGAUAUUGCACCUCAAGUUAAGAUGGUCAAAAGGAUUCAUGUCUCGCUGGACAAACCAACUCCGCCUAAUGAUUAUGCUACAAAUCAAUACAAACAGAGGAGUAGAUCAAGUGGCAAUCUUCCUCCAAGAAAUGAAGUAUCUGUGCCAACAAAGCAGUUGCCUCAAAUUGCAAGCCAAGUUUCAAAUGGAGUGCUUAAUAAUGUCAACCGUGUUUCUCAGAUGGUCAUUGAUGUACCACCGAAGGCUGAAACUGUUUUACCCUCUGAAACUUCUAAAACAGAAGCUGUGACGACUCAAAUUGUUGCUGAAUUAUCCCACAUGUUGCAAGACAAUGAGGCUGCAAAGACAUCUGGCGCGCAAUUAGAAACCCAGACCAUGGUAUCAACUGAGCAGAUUCCAAGAGUAGAUGGGAUAUCUUUUAUGAAUGGAAGGUCAAGUGAGUUACAAAAAGAUGCAGAGUCGGAGCCAAAGAUGAAUGAACCAGUGCAAAAGUUAGAAACAGGCGGAACUGCCCCUGAGCAAUUUCUGUUCCCAAAAACAGAAUCUGAAUCCCAAAUGUUUAAUGCAGCUGUAUCAUCCAACACCAAAGAUCUUUUUGAAGGCGAAGAAGGUGUUCAUCCAGUCCAGUCUCAUGCUGAUCUGUUUAGCGAUACAGAUUCCAUAGGAUGAGUACAGAAUAGGACUGCAUCCAGUGAUAUAUCUGGAUUUGAGCCCUUGCAAUCUGGACAGGAAUUUUUUUCUCUACCGUUCAGGGCUCUUAGAAUGCUAACAGAAAGAUUCCAGUAACUCUCACUUAUUCAGUAAUCUCUUACUGUUUAAGCUGUUGUAUCAUUUCAUUUCAGAACCAUGUUCUAGUACUUGGUUAGCUUGUGUGGUUUGUACUAGGUAACGACACCUUUAAGUGCUCUUUAAUUUAAAAUAUGAUUAUUAAAAAACUGGUUGUUGUAAUUCUAGAAUAGAAACGUAUUCUGUAUGAAGUUUAUUUCAUUUGAAAAAGGAAGUUGCAAGCU